UUUUAAUUUUUAAUUAAUCGAAUAAGAAAUCCAAUAUUAGUUGCCAGUUCAAUUAAAUUAAAGAUUUAAUAAUUCAGUUCCAACCCCGGUAGAAAGUUAAAAUAGAAAUACAGAAAAGUGAAGACCUAAAAGUAGAAUAGUAACCAUUCGCCGCAUUAUGUUACAAAGUUUCAAAGUUCGAAGGCAAUUAGAAUUAUCCACAAAGUAUACUUAAAUCAGGUAAAGUUCACAGUUGAGCUGGAGAUCAAUAAUCCACUAGCCAUUGAACCACAAACGGUUGCUACCAUACAUUGGAUCAGAGUAUGCUUCACCACCCGGGGUGGCCGUAACAUGGCAGCGUUUUCUUUGAAUAUUCAGAAACACGUGGAGCCCGGGCUUGUGGCUUGCGGGAAAUUUGACGGGUCCCACACUUGUUUAGUGGUCGCUACGUACGGCGGAAAUGUUUUAGUGCACAGUCCUCACAGGCAGCCGCAGAUAACUAGUCACGAUCAUGAACAGUCCGAUAGAAAAUUGUCUUGGAGCGGAGAACUCGCAGAACUUCAUAUAGGGACCGAGGUCACAGCAUUACACGCUGGCCGACUUACCGACGAUGAAAGAGACAUCCUCUUAAUUGGAACCGCGACGCAUGUUCUGGCGUAUAACAUAGAAGACAACUCUGAUAUUUUUUAUAAGGAGAUGUCCGAUGGGGCGAGAUGCAUCACCAUCGGCAAAUUGGGUUGGAUCCCCAAUCAAGUAGCAAUCGUUGGUGGCAAUUGUUCUAUAACAAUUUUAGACUCGCAAGGCACAGAAAUAUUAUGGACCGUGGUAGGUGGUACUGUCAGCUGUCUGGUCGUCUUCGAUUUCGAUGGCGAUAACGAGAACGAGCUGGUCAUUGGGACGAAGGAUUUUGAGAUAAAAGUUUACAAAGAGGACAACAUAAUCUGGGAUACCAAAGAAACAGCUUCGAUUACCACUUUAACUGGACUUCCUAAUCGUAGAUUCGUUUACUCCGUCGGAAAUGGAACCCUUGGGGUGUACGAAAUGACUCAGAGGCUGUGGCGCGUUAAGUCGAAGCACCGAGUGGUGGUCACGAGGAGCUUCGACUUGAACGGGGACGGAAUCCCGGAAGUUAUAACUGGAUGGAACAAUGGGAAGAUGGAUGCACGGUUGCUCAACAACGGUGAAGUAAUUUUCAAGAUUCAAUUAUCCGCUGGAGUAGCCGGCAUCGUGGAAGCCGAUUACAGGAGAAUCGGGAAACUUGAUUUAAUCGUGGUUUCUUCUAUCGGCGAAGUUCGCGGUUACGCCUCCGGUUCCACGAUGGACACUCCGGAACCUGGAGAACCGAUGCGCGAUUUAUUGGCCAAGAAACAAGUGUUGCAAAUGGAACUUAGGCAGCGAGCUGCGUCUAUCCCGAACAUGUAUCACGGGAUGAAAUUGGCUGUGAGCUUGUCAACGUCGAUGGGCGCGGCUCGCAUUGCCCUCGCUUCGGGACCUGGACUUCUUAUUCACUGCGCGAUAGUUUUCACCGAAGGAGUUUUCGAGGGUGAAACGUUCGUAGUUCAUUCGAAUAGACCCAAGGGGGAACUGACGAUCGAACUACGUCCGCCUAAAAAUGCCCCCGUGGAUAUACACGUGAAAGUGUGCGUUGGUCCGGCUGGCGCAGAUUUACUACAGGUAUUCGAGAUGACGCGUCAGCUGCCAAGAUUUUGCAUGUACCAGAUGAUCCAACGUCCUGCUACCAUUCCAGACGAUUUCGAGAAGAUCGGCGUUACAGCUGAAUUUGCAGAGAGGCCGCAAAGAAUUGCUCUUUGGUUGAACCAGAGUCUUAUUCUUGAGGAAGAGUUCGAAGUCAAGGAAGAAAGUUUGAACAACGGCCGUAUUGAAAUCUGGCUUCGCGGAAUGAGAGACAACAAGGUUCACUGUUUCAUGGCGGACGCAGCUGGCAGAGUUACCAUACGGACGGAAGAUUCCGCGUUCGCCGGUGACAUUAUACAAUCGUUGGCCUUGUACUUGGGCCUCAGGGAGUUGGCUUCCGUGGUCUCCUUUCCAGCGGAAGAGAAGAGGCUGUUGGACUCCCUUGAGCGCGUCAAGGAGCUGAAGGAAAUUGAUGCUCGACUACAAGCAGAAGCAGCCAAUGAAACUUUAUUGCUGAAGAACAUUAUAAUUCGAUUCGAAGACGCAAGGAUUCUCGAGAAUAUCGAUGAAAUGAGACGAAGGCUUGUACAGCUGAAAAACGUGAACGUGGAUUUAAUUAGAGAACAUGAGAUCAGGAUGAAGAGUUACCGAGAACUCACGGCAAAUCUGAAGGAACUGAAUCUUGGUGUUCAGCGAGCAGCUAGAUUAAGGGUUGGGAAAAGUGCCGCGAAUACAGUAGCUCGCUGCAGGGCAGCGAUUCAGGACGAGAAUCCCAAAGCUCUCGCGCUUGCCAUUAGAAAUGGAUGAAUGUUGCAAGUUUUAUUGUUACUCUCUUAGGAAAAUUGACAUUAAUAAAAUAUGGUUUUUU